UUUUUGUUUUUGUUUCCCGGUCAGCACUUGAACAUCAUUGCGAGGUUGCAACUCGCGCCUCCUUUGAUUGGCCGAACAGCGUGGCAAAGACUCAAAGAGGCAACUCUUUGUCUCUAAUUUUCAAAUAAUAAACGCCUCGCCUCCUACCUUCCUUUUAUAGGAGUAAUUUUGACUCUAUCUCUCCUCAUGUCUUGCCAGUUGCCACACCUGAAGUGCAGUUGCAGGAUUCUCUUUUCCUUUCUCUCUCCGCCAUCAACUGCUACUGCUCGUUACGUUUCCUUCUCGUGAAAUUCUCGCCAAAUUUCGUAUAUUUGAUUGUUUAAGUUGGCAAAGAUGGCAUCAUUCGAGAUGGAUGAUAGAAAAAAGAUUGGACUGGGUUUGACUGGAUUUGGCUUUUGCUUCACCUGUCUGGGGGUCAUUUUCUUGUUUGACAAGGGGUUGCUUGCCAUGGGAAACGUAAGUUUUGAGCUCGUACAGCUAGUCUUUCUUUUUCUCUCUUUUGUCUGGUGUGCAUUAACUAUUGGGCUGAAAUCUACUCUUGGAUUUUUCACGAAACCUCAAAAUUUUAAGGGAACAGUAUCAUUUGGCGCUGGUUUCUUCUUCGUUAUUAUUGGUUGGCCAAUCAUUGGCAUGAUUUUGGAAUUGUAUGGGUUCAUUGUACUUUUCAGUGGCUUCUGGCCUACUCUUGCAGUUUUUCUGCAGAGGAUACCUAUUCUUGGUUGGGUUUUGCAACAUCCAAUCUUUAGAUCGUUGAUAGACAGAUAUCGCGGGAAACGGGUACCAGUAUAAAGCUACGGAUGACUGGAAAAUAGUGAAGAAGUUGAUUCAAAUGUGUAGUUUUUCUUUUUUAUAGUUUUCUUUAGGGAUGUGUGUAUCUUCAUUACUCUACCUCAGUGAUUCAUGUUUUUGCCCACUUUCAUGGGAGCUGAUAAUUCUACAUUUCCUUGUACAGAUCAAACUAGCACAGGAAUAGUUAUUUUGUCAUCUUUUUGAGUUCA